CCAUUAGCCCAAAAGAAAGAGAAAGAAAAUGUCACGACGGUAUCAAGCAGAAGGUGCCCUUUUUAUAGGAAGAUUAAGUAAAUCUACAAGAGUUCGAGAUUUAGAAGAAAUUUUUGAACCAUACGGAAGGCUUGUUCGAUGCGAUAUCAAAUAUGGAGCUGAAAUGGCUUAUGCUUUUGUUGAUUUUGAAGACAGACGAGAUGCAGCUGAUGCAGUGAAAUAUGAAAAUGGACGAGAAAUCUGUGGAUCUAGCAUCAUAGCUGAGUUUGCUAAAGGAACUCCAAGACGAACUCUGCCUGGACAUUGGUCAAGAGAUAAUCGAUUUGAUGAUAGAUAUAGUGGUGGUGGUGGAUAUCGUAGUGGAGGGGGAGGAGGAGGUUAUAGACGUGGGGGUGGGGGAGGUGGUAGAUAUAGGUCACCCUCACCUAGGAGACGAAGACGAACACGAUCCCGAAGUAGAGAUAGGAGAAGAAGCAGAAGUAAAUCUCGAGACAGGAGACGAAGAAGUAGGAGCAGAAGUCAAGAUAGAACUAGUAAGAGACGAAGACAGUCUCGCAGUAGAAGUGGCAGCAGAAAGAGAACCAGAACAACGCGUUCUAGAUCUAAAUCUAAAGAAAAAUCAAAAAGUCGUUCACCUUCAAGAUCACGCUCCAAGAGUGUUGAUAAUGUGGUAGAUGAUGCAGAUAAUGGUCAAGAAAAUGGCAAUUCACCAUCUUACAACAAGUCAGCUAGCAGAUCUCGAAGUCAUAGUAGUUCAUAGUUGAUGCUAUUUUAAAUUAUCAUCAGAUGUGGUAAAGCAGAUAACUCAUUGGUUUUCAUUCCCUUGUGUAAUUAUCCUUUUCCAAAAUUAUUGGGAAAUAUAUUUUUUUAAGUACUUGCAUGUCCAUUUGAUGUGGUCAUCUUUGGUUUUUAUAGUAAUGUGCUAUUCCCUAUUCUGUACACUCCAUCGGGACUGGUUAUCAGUGAGAGGGAGGUUUGAAAGGGUGAGGGGGGGGAUUUUAUAUUGUUCAAUGAGACCUCUGGGGCCACAAAUCUUUUUUUCAUACUCAGCUGAUAUUUUAUUCAAAUAUGAUGAAGCAGCUAUUACUGUAUUUCACAUUAAUCUUCAAAUUUGACCUUUCUUGAUGUAAGGGGCAGUAUGAAUUUGAGUAAAAACUAAUCUAAGCAUGAGAAAUGUUUUGUGGCCCUUGAGUGAUGAAUUUUGAAGUUGCAGUUAAAAUGAUAUAUUGUAACUACAUUUAGAUUCCAAUAAUUUAUCCUUAUGCAAAUAUUAAGACCUGUGUACAUAACUUGAAACAGUCAGAUAUCAAAGUUAAUUAUUUAAAUAGUUGCAUUUGAACAUUCUAUUUUUUGUGCCAAUUUUCAACUCAAAUACAAUAGACAUGUACAAUUUUUGAAGUACUGUAGCCUAAUUUUUUAAGAAAUAUUUUACUGUUUUUUGAAAGCAAUGGUCACGAAAGCUGGUGUUUUUCUUAUAUAAUACUGUAGAACAUAUCAGCUAUUGGAUUAUAAUACAGACUGAGUUAGAUUUUUUGAAUACAUAGUAUUUGUAUAUCUAUAUUUAAAAGGAUAAUCAGCUAUGUAUAUGAACCCACUGUAGACUGUAACAUUUUAAAUUGUGUCCUUUGUGAAAAUAGAUAAUAUUUUGUAUUUGUUUUUAAGUCUGUAUUGUCUUUAUUUGUUUGUAAUAAAGUGGAGAUACACAAUU